AUGGCGCACUUCAGUGAGUGUCCUCUGCGACUGGAGAAGGGCUUUAUCUUGGACUGUGUGGCCCUAGGCACCGUGGCCCACGCCUAUGAGUACACAAGGCCCAAGCUGUGGUCGGCGAUUCCGCCCUACAAUGCACAGCAGGACUGCCACACCCACCGGUACUUCCAGAGCCACGUGGUUCCGCCCGUUUUACGGAAAACCGAUCAGGAUCAUGGCGGUACAGGAAGGGAUGGCUGGAUAGUAGAUUAUUUCCACAUCUUCGGGCAAGGACAGAGAUACCUCAACAGGAGAAACUGGGCAGGGGCAGGGCAUUGCCUCCAGCAGGUGACCGGGCACGACUACUACAAUGCCAAUCUGAAACCCGUCAAUGGGUUCAAUGGCCGAUUUGGCUACCGCCGGAACACUCCAGCCCUCCGCCAGCGCCCAUCCGUCUUUGGAGAGGUCACCCCGUUCCCUCUCUUCUAACAGCAUCU